AUGCUCUCUCGCCAGUUGUUCUCUUCUCAGCAACACCUCUUGAAAAGUAUUCACCUCUCGGGUUCUUCAUCCCACCAAAUGCGAUACUUUUCUCUACUCAAAGGAGUACAAACAACAAAAUUAUUUGGUGCUACUUCUUUUUACAAAACAUUUCCAUCCGUGAUUCCAACAACAACAUCCUCUUCAUCAUCAUUUCUUCUUUCAAAAAUUGCACCAUCAUCAUCAUUACUGGACAAUGCUCAACAAACCAGAAAUUAUGCCUUGCCAAGAAGGGUGAAAACUAAACUCUGGUAUGAAAAACUCAAAAAAGAAAAACUCAAUGCAAAGGGAAAGGUGAGAUACGCUCGACAACAACCCGAAGUGAACAACACUUUUAUUCUUCAACAAUUGGCAGCUUUGAAGGGUAAUCGUAAUUGGAAGAGAGCCUACAAACUCUUCAAGAGACUCGAAGAAACAAGAGCAAAUCCAACAAUUCAAGUUUACAGAAAGUUCUUGUAUGUCAUUGCAUACAGAGGAGGAGCAAUGAAAGAGGGUUUUGAGAUAUUCAAGUACAUGAAGAAGUUGAACUCUGGUUGGAAGGAUAUUAGAUGUUAUAACACUCUUAUUCAUGCUUGUACUAAACACAAAGUUCCGAUGAACGCCUAUGUCAUUGACCACGACAAAAACACCAAUUCAUUCAACACAGCAGUGAAAUUAUACUCUGAAAUUAAGGAAAAACGCAUUACUAAAACUUCCUUCACCAUUGCAUAUAUGGCUCAUUGUGUCCAAAGAGCUGUUGAACAAGGUCUGAUUCAAGAGACUGAAAAGCAAGAAUGGCUCUCAACUCUUACCCAAGAUGGACAACCACUGAUGAGUAAUACUCAUGUUCAAAAAGCAUUGCAAACACUUUCACAAGCAGUUUUACAACCCACAUCUACCCAGGUCUCUCCAACUGGACAAACUGUCGUUUCACCUCAAUCAUCAAAUGACCAAGCUCAAAAAGUCUAA